AUGUCCACCCCGGCAAAAAGAAGAUUAAUGCGUGAUUUUAAAAGAAUGCAGCUGGACGCCCCCUCGGGCGUGUCGGCCUCACCGCUCCCGGACAACGUGAUGUCGUGGAAUGCCGUCAUCAUAGGACCGGCAGAGACACCUUUCGAAGACGGCACGUUCAAGUUGGUGCUACAGUUUGACGAGCAGUACCCAAAUAAGCCUCCUUCGGUCAAGUUCAUGAGUGAAAUGUUCCAUCCAAACGUGUAUGCCAGUGGAGAGUUGUGUCUAGAUAUCUUGCAGAACAGGUGGUCACCUACGUAUGAUGUUUCUAGUAUUUUGACGUCGAUCCAGUCUUUGCUUAACGAUCCGAACAUUUCAUCGCCGGCGAACGUGGAGGCUGCCAACUUGUAUAAGGACCACCGGUCGCAGUAUAUCAAGAGAGUGAGAGAGGUUGUGGAGAAGAGCUGGGACGAGGAUGAUGACGACGACGAGGACGAUAGUGACGAAGAGUGA